UGCAGGACUCCAAAGGAUUAAAAAAAUAAGGGAAAAGAAAAGUAAACAUAAAUCGGGAGUUCAAAUUAUGAAGUUGAUGAUUGAGAAAGAAGAACGUUACAAAUUCUAUAAAAAUACCGGGGAGAAGCCAGAAGACCUGUAUAGUCGAGACAGAUAUAAACAAAUUGGAGCACCUCCUCCCGCACCUCCUGAAAUAGUUGAUGAUACUACAGAGGAAGACGCCCCUAGUAACACUGCAGCGAUCAAGCAAUCACAAACUUCAAGCACAGAUGAGAUUAAGACAGAUGAUUCCAAGUCCGAAUUGCCCACGACCAAGGAGACACCGCUAUUAGUGGCAUCAAAGAUGGGUAUUGUAGAGAUGGUAAGGAGGAUACUCAAAAAGUUCCCAAUAGCCAUUCAAGAUACAGACUCCGAAGAGAAGAACAUACUGCUUUUGGCUGUAGAGCAUAGGCAGACAAUGGUCUAUAAUUGGCUCAUAGGGGGAAAGUAUCCAGAAUACGUGUUUUAUCAGGUGGACAAAUAUGGAAACAAUGCGGUGCACCUAGCUGCAAAGUAUCAGAAUCUCGAGGUGUGGCGCAUCCCUGGUAAAGCUCUACAGUUGCAAGGCGAAAGGAAGUGGUACAAGUAUGUCAAGCACACUUUGCCACAAUCAGAUGUUCGUUAUAACAAGAAAGGUCAGACACCAAGACGGAUCUUCGAAGAGACGCAUGAAAAGUUACUCGUAGAGGGCACCGAAUGGCUCACCAAAACCGCCGAGUCAUUCUCUGUCGUAGCAGCACUAAUUGCUACAGUUGCAUUCACUACAUCUGCCACAAUCCCAGGCGGAGCCGAUGAUAAAGGCAAACCACACUUAGAACAUGAACCUGCUUUUGACGUGUUUUCUAUAGCAUCACUUGUUUCUCUUUGCUUCUCUGUCACGGCCCUGGUGUUUUUCUUAGCUAUCCUCACUUCUCGGUGCCAACACAAGGAUUUCGAGAAGGAUUUGCCGCGAAAGUUGCUCCUUGGAUUAACUUCGCUUUUUGCAUCGAUAACUGCUAUCUUGGUCUCAUUCUGUGCUGCACAUUUCUUUGUCCUCCAGGAUAAUUUCAAGAAUGCAGCAUUUCCAAUAUACGCAGCAACAUGCAUACCUGUGGUGUUUUUUGCAUUUAAUCAAUUCCCUCUCUAUGUUGAUCUUAUAAGGUCAUACAUCCAAAAGCUGCCACUUCGCAGCUAUAAGAAUACUUCUCUCAAAUUUUGUUCUUUUGCUGAAUUCUUCCUUUCCUCAAUUCGUUUAUCCGUUGAUGACCAGAGAUUGAAGAUGUUUUCAACAUGUUUGACAUCAAUGGCGAUAGGCGAGGAAACUAGAAGUAGAAUCACAACAACAAUUGUUAUUGAUACUCAUCAUCCUCUGUAUUUGCAUGCAUGUGAUACACCAGGUAGCUCACUCGUCUCUUUUCAGCUUACUGGUCCUAAAAACUACGCAUUAUGGAGCAGAUUAAUGAGAAUAAGGCUUUUAGGUAAAAGUAAAAUGGGAUUCGUUGAUGGACGAUACACGAAGGGCAAAUUUGAUCUUUCAUUGCAUGAUUUAUGGGAAAAGAGGAAUCUUGGGAGAAUUACUUCUAAAGGAGAAGGUUCUGAUAGUGUAUCUCUGUUUAGUUACAAAGGGAAUCACGGUGAAGAUGUUCAACCUAGACCUCCUGGCCUAUCUGGAAAAGGAAGCUUUGGAGGAAAGAAGGAUCAGUUAAUUUGUGACUACUUCAAAUGGAAGGGACAUACAAAGGAUCACUGCUACAAGUUCCAUGGAUAUCCUUCAGACUAUAAGUAA